AUGAAUGGGAGAGAAGUGAGGGUGAAUUCACAGUUGAAAUCUCACAAAAGGUUUGCUAAUGCAUUCCAAGAUACUGCAAACUUGUUGAUAAUGCUAGGCUCUAUUGCACAAAUGCUGUUGAUGCUCAUAGGGUGGAAGGAUGAUGAUCAUAACCUGUUAGUAGAUCCUGAAGAUAUCAAAUGCUUGGAAAUGAUAGGAGGUUUGAAUGUGGAAGCUGAUUCCAUCUAUGAACUUUACAAGGAAUCAAGCCUUAUAACGGAACCUGGUUCUGUUUCGAAGGAAAUUGUUCUAUCAUCUUCCAGGACAAGUGAUCAUAAACUGUUAGGGGAGACAAUUCUGAAAAUAGGAAAAUCCAACAAGAAGCAGUAA